CCUAUCGGAGAGCACCGGUUUGUUACGGCCUCCAAAUUACUCGUUUUAAAUCACUUUAAAGGGGGAGUAUUUACCCACAUGUGCACAUGUUUUACAAUUAAUAAUUUCUGCAUCUAUAGACACCUGAUAAGGUGAGAUAUUGCGAGAGAUAUAUGUUAUUUGUGUCGCUGAAGUUUCAUAGGAUCAUCACCUCUAUUCUUUGUCUAAAGUGCUAAUGGAUAGAGGUUUUACACAAAGAAGAUAAAAGAAACCAAAAGUCGGUCAUGAAGACCAGCCUUGUAAAAAGUGGGCAUAUCUAACCAUAUUGCCAGAAGAAUAGUUGAAAUCAGUGCUGAAACUUCAUCCGAGAAAAACAUUUAGGUGAUACAAGUCAGGCUAUAAGGUUGUCAGCCUUUGUAGCAGAACUUGGAUCCAAAAGUUGGUGGAGUUUAACCUCUACUUAUGCAUCACAUGGACAAAAAGAAAACACUGCAGCCAGUGAAGAGACCAAGACUUGAAGCACCAAACAUGUCUGUGUCCAUUCGUGGACCAAUCCCAAAUGGACCUAUGCAUCCACGUCCAUUGAUAGCACUACUUGAUGGAAGGGACUGCUCUAUUGAAAUGCCCAUUCUGAAAGAUGUGGCAACAGUGGCUUUCUGUGAUGCUCAGUCUACACAAGAAAUACAUGAAAAAGUAUUAAAUGAAGCUGUGGGAGCUUUAAUGUGGCAUACCAUAACCCUUGCAAAAGAAGAUUUAGAGAAGUUUAAGAAUCUGCGAGUUAUUGUUCGUAUUGGAAGUGGAUACGACAACGUGGAUGUCAAAGCUGCUGGAGAACUUGGUAUUGCUGUGUGUAAUGUACCUGGAUAUGGUGUAGAGGAAGUUGCUGAUUCAACAAUAUGCUUGAUUUUAAAUUUAUAUAGACGGACAUAUUGGUUAGCAAAUAUGGUACGAGAAGGUAAAAAAGUUAAUGGACCAGAACAAUUACGGGAAGCAGCACAAGGAUCUGCCAGAAUUCGAGGGGAUACGCUCGGAAUUGUUGGGUUAGGUCGUGUAGGAUCUGCAGUGGCUCUAAGAGCAAAGGCUUUUGGCUUUAAUGUUAUUUUUUAUGACCCAUAUCUCCAGGAUGGUGUUGAAAAAUCAUUAGGUAUCACAAGAGUGUACACUCUUCAGGACUUAUUAUUUCAAAGUGACUGUGUUAGUUUGCAUUGUAAUCUUAAUGAACACAACCACCAUUUAAUAAAUGACUUCACAAUUAAACAGAUGAGACCAGGUGCAUUUCUGAUAAACACAGCACGAGGUGGUCUUGUUGAUGAACAUGCUUUAGCUGCAGCAUUGAAAGAUUCAAGGAUUCGGGCAGCUGCUUUAGACGUCCAUGAAAGUGAGCCAUUCAGUUUAUCAAAUAGUCCACUCAAGGAUUGUCCAAAUCUCAUAUGUACACCUCAUUCAGCAUUCUACAGUGAACAAAGUGUCACCGAGUUACGGGAAAUGGCAGCAGGGGAGAUAAGAAGGGCAGUAGUAGGUCGCAUUCCAGACAGUCUACGCAACUGUGUUAACAAAGAAUACUUUACCUCAAAUUCUGUGAGACCACCUUAUGGUUUUGUUGGCUAUCCGGAAGGAAUGAAUGGGGCCGGUUACCCAUUCCCCAACCCUGCAGCAGCUGCCGCGGCUGCUGCAGCUUCUGGCAUGGGAGUAGCCACAGCUUUGGAUGCCCAUCAGUCAGUUCCUCACAGCGCUCCUCAUUCACAACAGCCACAUAGUACAUUAUCAGAAUCAGCAGCGCUUCAUCUUGGCAAAGAGAGUACCGAUGUUCAUUAAGACUUUUGACAGUGAGUGAGGAAAAAAAACUGUGGCAUUCCAACAUUGUUACUGGCUUGCUGAAUCUCUGUACUUAAUAUCAGCAUUAUGAUUGAUAAUAAUCAUGAUGCAUACUCGUGGGGAGUACAAAAUCCACGACAUAAAAAUGUUUUCUGUCCACAACUGUUAAUCAUGUAUAUGUGUUAUAAAUGAGGUAUGAAUGUUGAUGCAUUGUUAGAAUCGGGCAGUGCUCAUUGUGUAUAUUCAUGUGAUCAUUUCAUCAUGUAUGUAAUCAGAUUGAUUCAUUGCAUAACAUCAUCAUUCAAAAUAAGCUUUAUCAACAUCUUUUCUUCAGUAUCAUAAAACUGUUCGAGACCAUGAAUUUAAUUGAUUUUUUGAUCGAAUGAUAUAUUCAAUGAGUAUUUUUGUGAUAUGUUGUGAGAACAAAAAGAACAUGCAGCAUGAUUUAUUUUUGUAGAGAUAAUCAAAUGUAUCAAGAAGUAUGCAGAUCUAGAUAUUUAAUGUCUAUAUGUAAUAUACAGGAAAGGUUUCCUCAUCCUAAAAGCAACCAUAUUUUAAAAAUGAGUUUUUCAUAGAUUGGGGGAAGAUUUUCAAAAAAAAAAAAAAAAAAAAUUUGAACUGCAUCAAUAUGUAAAAUGAUUUUGGCUUUCCUGUAUAAAUAAGAGGCAAAGACAAUUUUCAGGUUGUUGCUAGAUUGAGGAUACUUGACCUGUAAAGUCAAUAGUGCUUAUUAUAGGCUAGAGCUAUUACAUGAAUACAGUUUUAUGUAAGAUUUUGUGUUGGGAACAGAAACUUUUAAAUGUUUGUUCUUGAAUUAAGGGACCAUAUUAUCAACACGGAACAGUUGUCAGAUAUAAGGGAUCUGUAUUGUAGAUGAAUAUAGGGUAAGGGGUGAAACUAUUUCUGAGAUUUUUCCAUUCUUUUAUUUUAUUAUAAUGGCCUAUUUAUUGUUCAUACAGAAGUACUUUUGAAAAAUUUGGUCAUACGUUUGAGCAAACUAAGAUAACACAGUGUAUAAAUGUCUCAGAGUAAAAUGCCAAAAUUUCAAUUAAAACUUUCUGUUGAUAACCAGAGUUUUCUUGCCCCCAAAAAGGAUGGAAGCAUACAAAAAUAAAAUUUCUUUAUUAGGAUUUUUUAUAGUUGUUUUCUUGCAGAAAUACUAGAUACCUCUGUAUUGAACUGCUCUUUUUUAAAUUUUUUUUUUAUAGAAUUAGAAGUUACCUUUUUUCCAUCAACAAGAAUAGGUUAACAAAUCACAAUACACAAGUCUACUUAGUUGUCAAGUUGUUUAUGUAAUACAAACAUGUAUUCCUGUACUAUGCAGUAAUUCAGGAUAGUAUAUUUGUCUCUGCUAUAUACAUAUGUUGUCUGCUAAGGUUCUUUUUUAAAUUUCUUUGAUUAACUGUUUUUAGGAAGGGUUGGAAUAUGCAAUUAAAAGUUGAUAAGCUUUAAAGAGGAAAAAGUUUUUUCAGCCGUACACAGAAAAACCUAUUUAACUUAAUGCUUCUUGUGAUGUGACCAAUUGAUUAUACUUGUUGUUCAUAUGAUUAAUUAACAUGUACUUUGAUGGAAUUUUAUAAGCAUAUUGGAAUUUUUAGAAAUCUCUAAAAUUUCUUUAUUCUUGGAAAGUCAGUUUUCUUUAUGUUUUACCAAAUUAUACCAUUACAGUAACUAAGAUCAGUGUAUUCCCUUGACUCAGUUUGUUUUAAACAGAAUUGUAGCAAACUUUGCAAUGUAACCAGAAAGACGACUGAGAGGGAAAAUAUUGCCUAUUCCACAUGAAUCCUUUUUAAAAGUUUCUUAGUACAUGCAAUAUUUAAAAAAAAAGGUAUCAUUUGUUUCAAGAUCUUUAUACUUGAUAUAUGCCACAGAAUAUGCUAUUAAAUGAAUUAAGACUGUUUAGAUAGGAACUAUUUUUGGUCUAUUUAAAGUUUGUUUUUUGUAUAUUUUUCAAUCAGUGUUAUAGAUGUAUAUUUUAUAUUCUUGGAAAAUUUUGGUCGGUCAGUCAUGUUUAAGAGUAAUGGUCAGUUUUUACUAUUUUGAAAAGAGCAAAGCUGUUUUUUUAUUUAACUUGUAUGAAAAAUAUAAAAAAAAACUUCAAGUUAAAGGUUGUUUUAAAUUUUUUAUCACUUAUAAAUUAGUAUUGAAUAGUGCUAUAAAUUUCUUGAUUUACACAGAUGUCUUGGAAGAAUAAGUUGGCAAUUCCUGUAAACGUAUUUGAGAUGGAUUUUUAAUCAGAAAGUCCCUCACAAUCUAUAAAAAAAAUGUGAACAUUUUUGAAACUCAUAUUGGAACUUACAAAAAUAUUAAAUCCAAUUUAGUGCUCAGAACAUUUUUGCAACAUCUGAUUAUUUUUAACUCUUUUUCUUUGUUAAUGGUUAAAUGUUAUAAAGGUUCUAAAGUGUUCUGAUAAUAUGCAUAAGAACACUGGUCAAGACUUGAACUGUAUUUUGAAAGAAAAAAAAAUAUUCUCUUAAAUAUAGAAAUGUCACAAUGUUUUGUUUGUCUAAUAUCUUUUUUUUCUUUUUAUGCACUAGAUGAUCAUUUCAUUUCAGUAAAUCAACUUUCAUCAUCAAGCCAAAAUUGGGAUAUUUUUCUGUGGAAAAUUACAUGUACAUUAUAUAUAUAGUGCUUGGUCAGUUUGAUGACAACAUUUAGAAUGUUGUCACAUUAAUACACUAUCUACAUGCAUAGUCUCCAGAGCUUUCAUUUAUGAUUUAAGGUUUUUACACUAUCAGUAUCAGCCUGCUGAAUGCUUCAGUUCUAUUUUAUAUAACAUUUUUCUAUCAGUGGUUGGGUAUCUGCUUUUCAAGUUUUUUUUAUGACUACAAAAAAUGUUAGUGUGACUAAAUUAAAUAAUAUGACUAUAAAAAAUUAAAUAAUAUGACUAUAAAAAUAAAAGCCUUUUGGUUAACAGUAGAGAAUUGAGUUUAAUUUGCAGUAUUACAAAUAACUUCACAGUUCAGAUCCACAUAAGUAUCUCAGAUGAAAGAAAAAUGUCUAAAUUUCUAAGACAAUACCUUUUUUAAUUGUGAAUUAGACAAAAUCUCAUUUGAUAUGCAUUUUAAUUUAAUUUUUUUUUAUUACACAAUAUUACAGUGUAUUAAACUGAAUGUUUCUGACCUUUCUCAUAUCUCAAUUAUGAACUGUUUUUCAAGUAUUAUUUUUUUAAGUAUUCAAAUAUUGAUAGCUGUCAUACUUUAUUUUUUUUACUUAUAAUAAUAUGAGGUUAGUUUUCAAAAUUAGAAACCACCAACCAGCAAAUAUAAAAAAUGUUUUGAAUUGUCUGUCAUUUAGUUUAUUGAUAUAUCCAAACUGACCAAGUUAAUAUUGCUUUUGUUUUGAUGUUGUAAUUCACUGUAGAUAUUUGUACAUUAUUGAUCUUCCACAGAAUUUUACCAAUUAAAACUUUUGCAGAACAUGUG